AUGGUCCACGCAACUAAAGAAAAAGAAAGUUCAACAGUACAAGUUGCCCUUCGAAUAAAGCCUCUCACAACCGAUGAUCUAGCCAACCUCCCAUCUCGGUUUCAAAAAAAUGUUCUUUCCACAACACAAUUUGCCCCAAAUCAAGUUAUGGUGCAUGGUGAAAAAAAACAAUCUUGGACAUUCGACAAGGUUUUUGGCCCUGAAGCAUCACAAAAGGAUAUUUAUGAUCAAAUAGUCAAAAAUAUGGUAGAUAAAUUUUUAGAAGGUUUCAAUGUAACCAUUCUAGCAUAUGGUCAAACUUCAUCGGGUAAGACAUAUACAAUGGGUACAUCAAAUGAAUAUUCCCAAUUACCAGAAUCAAAGGGUAUAAUUCCAAGAUCCAUGGCUACUUUAUUCUCUUACGUCAAUUCGACACAAUAUAAGAGUCGUAAAUUUGUCAUAAAAGUUUCAUUCGUGGAAAUAUAUAAUGAAGACUUGAUAGAUCUUCUCGCCGAAGGGGAUUAUGAGAGCAGACCAUCGGUAACUAUACGGGAGGAUUCGAAAGGUAACGUAAUCUGGAGUGGACUACAAGAAAUUAAAGUAAAUAGUAUAGAAGAAGUCAUGGGACAUUUAAUGCGUGGUUCAAUGAGCCGACAAGUAAGCGCGACCGAAAUGAAUUCUCAAUCAUCUCGAUCACAUGCUAUUUUUUCGGUUAUGCUAUCACAACAAAAAUUUGUCACUGAUUUUGGAAAAAAAAAUAAUGAAGAAGGAGAUUGGGUUACGGUGACCAGCAAAUUUCAUUUUGUCGAUUUAGCUGGUAGUGAAAGGCUCAAACGAACCUCGGCAAUAGGGGAUCGUGUGAAAGAAGGUAUAUCUAUCAACUCUGGUCUUCUUGCGUUGGGGAAUGUUAUAUCUGUAUUGGGUGACCCCGCAAAAGCAAAAAAUGCUAUGCAUAUUCCGUAUCGAGAUUCAAAACUUACUCGUUUAUUACAAGAUUCUCUUGGCGGAAAUGCCAAAACAUUAAUGAUUGCAUGUGUUUCACCAGCAGAAUACAAUAUUAAUGAAACGAUCAGCACACUUAAAUAUGCAAAUCGAGCUCGUAAUAUAAAAAAUUCUGCCAUCGUUAACAAAGAAGAACCUGGAUGGCAAGAUAUCGAACAUUUACAAAAUUUAGUUCUAAAACUUCGUGCCGAUAUUAAAGCUUUGAAGGAUUCUGAUGGGCUUAAUUCUACAUCUUUUCAACCAGAUGCUAUAUAUUUACAACAAAAUUAUUUCGGUUAUGAAACUACUGAUUCAAUUUCAGAGGAAAAUAAGGAU